AAUUGUACAACUCUGCUUGGGUCUCCGCAAUAACCUGCUGCACACAUUUGUCCAUCAUUUCUCUUCCUUAUCUUCCCCUCAUUACUUCUCUCAUUAGUCCUCCACAGAAACAAAGCAAACAAAGGGAGGCGAUAGGAGCAUAGGAGAUUACAGUUGCAUUUUCUAAGCUGAGAAUUUUGAGGCCAUGGCAUUUGCAGGAACAACCCAGAAAUGUAUGGCAUGUGACAAGACUGUCUAUCUUGUGGACAGGUUAGCUGCUGAUAACCGUGUGUACCACAAGGCUUGCUUCCGAUGCCAUCAUUGCAGAGGAACCCUCAAGCUUGGCAACUACAAUUCCUUUGAAGGUGUACUCUACUGCAGGCCACAUUUUGAUCAACUCUUCAAAAGAACUGGAAGUCUUGACAAAAGCUUUGAGGGGACACCAAAAAUUGUAAAACCAGAGAAACCUGUUGAUGGGGAGAAACCUAUAUCAACUAAAGUCUCGACCAUGUUCGCUGGAACCAGAGACAAGUGUUUCGGCUGCAAGAACACUGUCUAUCCAACUGAGAAGGUUUCGGUGAAUGGAACUCCUUACCACAAAAGCUGCUUCAAAUGCAUUCAUGGAGGAUGUACAAUUAGCCCAUCCAACUACAUUGCACAUGAAGGUCGCCUCUACUGCAAACACCACCACAACCAACUUAUCAAGGAAAAGGGUAAUCUGAGCCAACUUGAGGGUGAUGUUGAGAAGGAUUCCAUGAAUGACAAAACUAAUGGAAGAGAAGUUUCUGCUGAAUCAUAAAAUGCUGAACGAGUGUAUUUUCCUGCCUUGCGAUGUUGCUGUCAACCUCAUGGUUUAUUUACACUUCCUGCAGUUCAAAUGGCUUUAUGCUUACGAGUUAGAUUGAAAUCAUGAUAUUUAUUACCGAAAUGUGUGGGCUUUUGUUUGUUGUAUUCGGAUUUUGUUCUGCUACUUUGGAUGCUCGCGUGAGAUGAGAAGCCUAUUUGAUUCUAGCAUAUGAUCAUAUGAUGAGCUAAACUCAUGUAAUUUGGGAA